AUGUGUAUGUUCGACGACAUCUUGAUUCCUGGGCCGGUAUCUUACGUACCUAGUAGUGACUUGUUCAUAAUAUGUAAAUCAACGUGGACUUUGGAAAUAUAUAGUUAUCAACAGUUGAGAGAGUUGAGCGAAUUAAGCUUGCGAAAAAACAAAAACAAUAUUCCACAAUGGACUUACAAUGCUGGAGAAGAAAUCUCGUCGGUUCAAGUGAUUCGGACAAGUAACAAUUUCUCAAGCAUCAUUGCAUUAGGCGAAAGACAUCUCUACGCUUUUCAGGACAACGGACUUAUGAAACAUCUAAUUAGAUUAGAUUAUACGCCAAUUUGUUUUCAUUGCUAUCUUAUUGGCUGGUACUACGAACCAGGAGCUCGACUCCUAGUAAUGGUGGUUUCGGAUGACUCAAGGUUAUUUGUUUAUGAGGGGACAACGUUGCUGUGGGCUUGUGACCUUAUGACAAAAACUUUAUCAAUAUCACGAUGUUUUCUAAAUUCUUUGCCAGGAGGUAUAGUGAGUCUUGCACCUAAUGGAGUGCUGACCGUUAGUUAUUUAGGAACAGAGCCCGAUUUAAAUCCUACCGUUAAUCUCAUGAACGAGCCAGUUGACCCAGAACAAAUUCAAGCUGAAUUGGAGACUAUAGAAGAAUCGCUAAAACAGAUUGCUGCUGAUGAUAAAGGGGUAGCUGCGGAGUUUACACAUGUUGAAAAAUCUAUAGUCAUAAAAGCAAACGUUGGUAAACCAGUUCAGAACACUUUUGAACAAACUACUCAAGACAGUGUUUUACAAUUUUUAAAUUGCCCCUUGAUUGUAAUGAUAACUUGCGAGGAUCCUAAACUGAUUCAAAGUAUACAAAUAACAUAUAUUUGUAGUCCGCCAUUCGAGUUUUCUGAAUCAACUAAAUGUAUCGACGAUAUCAAUGGAACAGAAAUAAUAGAAACUCGUGUUUUCCUUUUAAACGAACAUGACUUGUCGGACACCCAAAUAAAGAUCUUGUUUACUAUAGUUGACCAAACUGGGAAGAUAAUAACACUUUACAAAAGUGUUUUGCUACCCUUAAGUCUUUAUUGCACCAUCAAUGACACAAUUUGGGAUAACCAACUCAAAUUAAACAUUAACGUAAAUGAGACAUGUUUAGACUUUAGACACAUUUUUACAGAUUUUAUGCCUGAUCAAUUGAUAAAACUUGAUAACGUCGCUAACACUAUAACAUUUAAAUAUAGAACAACAGGGAACACAGUUACGUUAAAAGGUGAAGAGCAAGAGUAUUCAAUUGAAUCUAAUGAUUUCCCUGAAAUUUCAUCUAUAUUGGUCUAUUUCCUAUGUAAAUUAAACGAACAUUAUAUGCACUCAAAUAUCGCAAUACGAUUAACACUCAAGCCAAGUAUGGAUUUUAUUUUACAAAUGAUACAUAGGUUCUCAAAAAGCAUUGAAACACAUUCAAAGGAAAGGAUUAAAUUAAAAAAGUUGGAGGAUGAUUUAGAUACGUUGCAGAGGCAGUUUACUGUUAUUCAGAAAAAAUUAUUAGUACAAUAUGGUUCCCUGCCUCCUGGGGACUGUGACCCACUAGAGUUUCUAAUGAGAGAUACCCAUGAGCGUCUAACAAGAAUUGUUCAAGAAAUUAUUCAAAGUAAGGACGUCGUUUGCAGGGCAGGCUGUACACUAGCUGCAAUUGGCAACCUUAUCGUUUGUAUAUUAAGGAAUAUUUCCACAGAUACGUUUAAAGUGAGUCUUAUUGAAGAAAUGUUGUCAUUAGAUUCACUUCACAAUUAUUGUCAGGAAUGGGAAGAAGUAGUGACCCAAUCAUCUGGCUACGUAUCUAUAAAAAUUUUGAAUAAGACAGACAAAGAUAAGGAAAAAUUAGCACCCGUGAUGGAACAAGAGAUAUUAUCUCACAUUAAUAUGAAAAGAUUUUUGAAGCAAUUGCGAAUCAUUUUAGAAAAAGUAUUUGAAGAAGAAUAUGUUGGGAAUAUUGAAGACUCAGAGGACAAAGAAAAUAAAAUUGUCCGCACGGAAGAGUUGGUAGAGAUAAUAUAA